UUUCUUUUCUUUUCUUUUCUUUUUUUUUCAAUUUUUUUUUUUUAUCAAUUGUUAAUGCCAAACUCUAUUAUUACUGUUACCAAUGAUGAGAAUGUCAAUGAUGACUCACAAAUAUACUUCAAACCCGAUACCAUUGAUACUCCAGUGUACGAAAAACCGAAUGCUUAUGAAGAGGAAGAACAAGUGGACGCUUUGGUAGUAGGAUUAAACUCAACACAACUCGACAAAGUCAAUGAAUAUGAAGAUGACGGCGAAGAACCUAUACAUACAACAGUGGUACGAUACAAGACAAGAAAGUCAAAGAUGGCACCUCCUCCUCCGGCAACCUCUCCCUUACUUAGCCAUGGUGCUAUGACAGCAACUACGAGUACUACCAUUAUUCCAGAAGACGAAUUUGUCAAACGACCUUUAUCAACUAGCAGUUUUGAUUCACAAGCAAUAAGUCCCAGUGUCAGCAGUACUAGUACUACAGAUUCGAUUCAAUCUUCAACUUCAUGUAAACAAAUGCUUCUUGAUUCUUUGAAACGACGGCCUUCCAGUGAUGUGGUCAAGUUUGAUUUACGCAAACAGUCACUUGUACAGCCUCACCAUCAUGAUAUCUAUCUUGGUGGUACUAAGCAACUAGUAUAUCGAAAACGACAACCUCAUUCUUAUUCUUGGGGUUUUCAAAAUAUCUUGUAUCUGGUGACGGAUGACGACAAUUUCAAUAAGAAAACGAAAUAUGGCAUCAAGGUGGCGGAAGCUAGACGACGAGCUUUUCAAAAACAAAUCACAGUGGAAUGGGGAUUAAAUGAAGAUGAUGAUAAACAACAACGACAAGACGACGAACGACAGGGUACAAGAAGUAAUCAACUAAUCAAUUCAAAUAAUACUCGCUUAUUAUUUAUAUAUACAACUUAUUUUGAAUCCGAUUUUUGUAUUCGUUGGCGACGACCUAGUCUUGUAUCUCAUGAUAUGAUAUGUGAAAUCCGGCUAAAGAAGAAAUGGCAACUUUUGGCUGAAUUUGAUAGUCAUGGUAUGGGUUACUUGAUUCAUCUAGGACAAUUGAUGAUUGAUCGACGAGGCUUGUCAUUAGUAAAUAAUCCUGAUCAUUUGGAAUGUCAUCUUUUGAUUACUUGUUGUACUUUGGUGGAUCUAAUGCGUGAAGUGGUGCAAAAGGCUAUGGGUCUAUCCAAUGGUGGUGUUGCUAAUGGUUAAUGAUUAGAAUAGUUUAUCAUAGAAUUUAUUAUUAUUAUUAUUAUAUUUUACAAAUAAAAAUUAUAUCUCCUUUAUUCCCUUU